CACUCGCUAAUCCAUAAUCAAGCCAAGCAUUUUUUAAUUGAAAAUUUUAAUACCAUAUAUCUCCUCUUUCACCAACCCCAUCCCCCUCCCUCUAAUUGAAGCAGACCCAAUUCCAGCUACAAAUACCAUUCGAGUGCCUGGUCAUAAUCUGAGACGGUUUUGAAGGCUCGAAAGAUCUCUCUCGCUCUGUCUCUCUGUGCCUUCGCCAUGUCUCCAAGAGAGGCCACUUCAAAUGAUUUCUGUGGACAAGGGAGUUCCAGUGGGACAUUUUCACAUCCAGAGAAUGGUUACAGGGAUUCAUCUUCUGCCUCCGAUUCAGAAAAGGUAGUUUUGGAGUUCCUUCAACAGACAUCUGUGAAGGGAAUGGAUGAACACCUUGUUGAGUUUUCAGAGGCUUUGAGAACUGUUGCAAAGGCAUUAAGACGAGUAGCGGAGGGAAAGGCAUCUGCUCAGGCUGAGGCAGCUGAAUGGAAGCGCAAAUAUGAGUUAGAAAGGACAAGGAGUCUGAUGAAGGAACGUUUAGCAUUUCACUUUGGAGACAAGAAUUGUGAUACCAAGUGUGAGAAGGCAGAUGACAUGUCCAACAUGCUGGAGAACCUAACUGGUGAUCAGCCUGAAAAGUGUUGUGGAAAGCAUGGAAUUUGCUCCCAUGAGGUUCUUAGGGAUGGUGAAAUAGAAUCUGAUUCCAAAGUGGUUCCUGGUAGAGUUACUAGAAAGGCAUCUUUUAAGCUUUCGUGGGGUUGCAAUGGUGAGAAAAAUGGCCAGCACAAGCAUGAUAUUGUCUCUUUUGAAAGAGGAAAUAUAACAACAGCAGAACGCAGCAGUAAGCAGAUUUCCUUGAGGUGGGAAUCACCUCCUCAAACUGUGCUUGUUAUCUCCAAACCAAACUCGGUCUCUGUUCGAAAUUUAUGUGCAGAAAUGGUCAGAUGGCUGAAAMAUCAGAAGAACAUAGAUGUUUUUGUGGAACCACGAGUGAGAACUGAGCUUCUGACAGAUUCCUCCUACAAUUUUUUACAGACUUGGGAAGAUGAUGAGGAAAUACAACUACUGCAUACAAAAGUUGAUCUUGUCAUAAGUCUUGGUGGGGAUGGAACUGUUCUUUGGGCUGCAUCAAUGUUCAAAGGUCCAGUUCCUCCUUUUGUCCCAUUUUCCCUAGGAUCUUUGGGUUUUAUGACUCCAUUUCAAAGUGAACACUACAGAGACUAUCUUGAUGGAAUAAUAAAGGGACCUAUUAGUAUCACAUUACGCCACCGUUUGCAGUGUCAUGUUAUCCGAGACACAGCCAAGGAUGAAUUAGAGACUGAAGAUCCUAUUCUUGUCCUGAAUGAGGUUACUAUAGACCGUGGGAUUUCAUCCUACCUUACAAACCUGGAAUGCUAUUGUGACAACUCUUUUAUGACAUGUGUACAAGGAGAUGGAUUGAUCAUAUCAACAACAUCUGGAAGUACUGCAUACUCAUUGGCUGCUGGUGGAUCAAUGGUCCAUCCACAGAGGAGUUUACAGAGCAUCGCCAUCGUCUGGUCCAUCCUUCAUCUUCGAGCAAGAGGAAAGUACUACAUUGUUGAUUUUGGAUAUGCUAAUGCUCCCGGUUUCUCUGCCCCAUACUCUGGUGAACGAUACCACCUUAGUGAGUUCAAGAGACAUUUCGGUAGAUUUAGAUCAAAGGAAGACCUUUUCAACUGCACUCAUUCUUUACUGUGUAAUGUCAUCAAACGUUUCUUUGGGAUCUUGAAAGUUAUUCAUGCAGAAAUGAUUGAUGGGAUGUUCUUACCAAACUGCUCUUGUGGUAAGGGGAGAUGACACAUAUGGCAAGGACAGAAACUAAUUACGAGCGAUGGUUUUUACAUUGCCCAAUAAGGAGUAACCAUAGGAGUUCAUUUGUAUGAGUAGAUGAAUAUGGUGAAAUUCGCCAUAGAGCACUUAGGGCUAAAGUUAUCCAACAUAGUUUAUCUACCAUACAACCACAACAAAACAAUAGAUAUUUUGCAUUCAUUGCUUGUUGUGGUUGUAACUUAGUUUGUCUUCUAAUUUGGGUUUAGCUAAUAAUUAUCCUCUAGUCUUGGAGCUCAUUAAAUAGGAUGGAUAUGUUAUCAAACUUGAUGGAAAUAUGUUAUUAUCUGAAUUUUAUU